GUAAGCGCGCAAGUCGACGGGUGCGUCACUAAACCUGGACGGGGUAAACCAAUCUAGGCACAAAAAACGUUACUCCAAACUGUUUAUGAAAGUUUGAUCAAUAAUAUAUUUCACUCUGAUGUUUGAUAAAAUCUCUUAUUAUCCGUCCUGGUUAUCUUCAAUAUCAUGGAAGACUAUCCACUAUGCUCUUCUAUUUUUGAUGAUUGAAAUUGUGACUUUUGCAUAUGGAAUUAUGGUGUUCAUUCUACUCUGCCAAACUUAUAUUCCAACUGUAAAACUGGAAAGAUCAUUAGAUUUGGUGUUCGAGUAUGCUAAUCUUCGCCCACUCUUUUUAUCCCAAAUCUAGUACUAAAUGUAAUGUACAAAUGGGGUAUUCAAAUGUUUGCAGUUUCCCCACAGCUAAUUUCUCAGUUUCCGAAAAUGGAAUAUCUCUUUUAACACCGAAAUAUCCGUACAUGCUCCUGCUGAACCUGUGGCUUCCGGAUUCGAUUCAUAAUAGAAAUGCAGGUAUGAGUAUCAUCACACUGGAACUGUAUGGCCGUGAACAUGUCCUUAUACAGCGCUUCAGAAAACCAUUUUCUAUGCCUUAUCGAUCUGAUGAAGUUCGGUUGAUAAGUAAUAUACUAUUUUCACCCCUGUAUAUAAUCGGCAAAAUGAAAGAAGAAAUGCUGCUUUCGGUGGAGAUGGCACCUGAUUUCCAGUUCGAUGUGACUCUACCAGUUUUGGAAGGUCGUAUCAUUCUGGAGUCCGAACGCUACUUGUGGUCAGCCUCGGAGCUAAAAAUACAAACAACGCUUAAUGGGUUUCAGAGAGUUCUGUACCAUUACCCACAGGUUUCCUUCAUAAUUUGCAUUUCCGUCGUUUCAUUCCUUAUGAAUAUUAUCUACAUAUUAUCCAUCCUUUCAUACAUUUUCUGGCAAUUUUUCAAGAUACCCAAGACUCCCGAACAUUUGAAGCAUGAAGAUGAACCGAAAUUCAAAGAUUACCCGUUAUGUGGUGAAAUUGACUCUGAAGAUUAUUCUUUUCAAGAUUAAAUCUACGUACAAAUUUGUAUCGCAGCCAGUAUUAUUUUUUUCAAUUUAAUUACAGGUCUAUUGUUGUGAUCCAAAUAUUUCCUCGUAUUUUUUCAUUAACUUAUUCCAUCACAAAACUAAUCUUGGUCUUUUGUACUCUUUUCCCGAAUAAUCAUUAUGUGUGAAUACUUUAUGAAUAUCACGAGUGGGACCCUAGUUUUAUCAUACACGUAACCAAAAUACUUAUUUUACUAUUUA